AUGCAACAAUUAAAUAUGGCACCUGCUAUUCAACCUUCUUCAAUACCCACUGUUCGUCAAUCUACAAUCAAUAAUUGUACUGAGCCAGAGGUCGAUUGUGCUGAUGAUUCCUUACAUGAGGAUGAGUCUCAAUUGACUCCGGACUCACCCAAGAGUGGAGGGAUUCUCCCUCAUUUUGAAUACGUUUCUUACGACAGAGUUCAAGAUCUUUAUGAACAACGAAAGGGUCAUUUCUAUUUUAUUCCUGAUGGCUUUGAACCAGUUUUAGUCCCAAACGACUCUAAAGCUUCUGCAGUAACCAACUUGUUGGAAAACUCCAAGCCUGUCUCCUCUGCUCCAAAUGUCUCAAGGAUGCUUCCGGAUUCUGACGUUCGUCUUCCAUCAUUUGCUCUUCCCUGCGGAGUUGCCGGCUCAAAGAAAGAUAAUUCCGCAAAUGGUAAAAAUGGUAAAAUCAAGAAACCUCCAAGACCUCCAAAUGCAUUUAUUCUUUAUCGUCGAGCCAAACAACCACAAAUUGUUGCUCAACAUCAAGGAAUUUCAAACAAUGAUGUCUCUAAGGAAAUUGGCAGAAUGUGGCAUGAAGAACCUUUAGAAGUACGCCUUAAAUUCCAAAAAAUGGCAGAAGCUGCAAAAGAAGAACAUAUGAAAAAAUACCCAGAAUAUCGAUAUAGGCCCCGACGCCCUCAGGAACGAAAACGACGAGUUCCUACUACCGCACGAGAUGCCUCAACCAGACGUGUUUCCGCACCUGGUUUACCACAUAAUUUACUUGUAGAUACAUCUAACAAAGCGUCAGGAUCUAGACGCAUUCCCUCAGGAUUAACCGAUGCUGACGGUUAUCUCUCUGACUCUCAAUUGAUGGCAAUGCAAAAUCAACAAUCGUUCCGAACUAAUGGAGAUUUUGAAAAUCAUAUGUUCUAUGCAAGUCCAACAAAUACUUCUCAACAAGAAACAUUUGGUUUUAUUGAUAAUUCCAUGCCACACCAAUUUUCCUACGUCCAGAACACGUACGAUAAUUGUUCAACCGACUUUGGAUCUUUUGAUGUUGAAUUUGAUGAAUAUGAUUAUAAUGAAGCCACUUUAAAAGAUUGUAUAGAAAAAAAAGGCAAGUCUUUGAAAUAA